AUGGGGCUGGAGAAGAAGGCGGCGGUAGUUGAGAAACAUCAAGGCGCCCUCUACAGUCUUGAGCUUGACGGCAGCAUCCGGAAACACAAAGACGGCGUCACCAUCUCAAACGGCCUGGAAUGGGCGGACGACAACCGCACCAUGUACUAUAUUGACUCCAUUCCGAGGAAAGUGUGGGCCUACGAUUUCGACUUAACUACAGGAAAUAUGACCAACGAGCGAGCGAUCAUCAGCUUCGGGGCGGAAGACUCCGAUGAGAACUUCAGGUCCCACGGCUUCCCAGACGGAAUGACCAUCGACACGGACGGUAACCUCUGGGUGGCUGGUUUCUUCUCCUCCAGCGUUAUGAAGUUCGACCCUUCCACAGCUAUUGGUACGUACACAUGUAAUGAACUUGCUCGCGUGAAUUUACCUGCUGCUAGAGUUACCUCCUGCUGUUUUGGCGGAAAAAGCUUCAACGAGCUAUUUAUAACCUGUUCUGCCUUCGAUUUGUCGGAUGAAGAAAAAGAGAAAACGCCAUUGGCUGGCUCCGUAUUUAGAGCUACAGAAUUGGAAUGUCGCGGGAAACCAGCUUCAAUGUACGAGGGCUAA